CUUGAGCUGGAAGGUAAGUUGGAAAAUGAGGGCUUUGGUUUGGCUAUUCUAUGUGAUUUUUGCAGCUGCCCUUUGGAGCUCCGGCUUUUUUGCUCUCACUGAGGAUGGUCUAACAUUGUUGGAGAUCAAAAGCACAUUGAAUGACCGUAAAAACUUUCUUGGAAACUGGCUAGCUACUGAUGAGUCACCCUGCAGUUGGACUGGCAUUUCUUGUUAUCCGAAUGAUCAAAGAGUCCAUUCAAUCAACCUACCAUACAUGCAAUUAGGAGGGACAAUAUCUCCCAGCAUUGGCAAACUCAAAGGAUUGCAAAGACUGGCACUGCACCAGAACAGCUUACAUGGACUAAUUCCUAGUGAAAUCACCAAUUGUACUUGGUUGAGAGCCCUUUACUUGAGAGCUAAUUAUCUACAAGGAGGCAUACCAUCAAAUAUUGGAAACCUUUCUUUUCUCACUAUUCUGGAUUUAUCCAGCAAUUUGCUAAAGGGUGCUAUACCUUCAUCUUUAGGCGGCCUUACAAGAUUGCAUUACCUCAAUUUGUCCACCAACUUUUUCUCUGGUGAAAUCCCAGAUGUUGGAGUCCUGAGCACUUUUGGGAACAAGUCGUUUAUUGGUAAUUUGGAUCUAUGUGGCCAACAAGUUCACAAGCCUUGUCAGACCUCACUGGGAUUUCCUGCAGUCCUACCUCAUGCUGAAAGCGAUGAAGCAGUGGUCCCAAAAAAGCGAUCAUCUCAUUACAUAAAAGGUGUGCUGAUUGGUGCAAUGUCCACAAUGGCCCUUGUGCUUGUUGUGCUUCUUGCAUUUCUCUGGAUAUGUCUACCAUCAAAGAAGGAAAGGGCUGCUAAGAGAUACACAGAAGUCAAAAAGCAAGUCCACCAAGAUAUGAGCACAAAACUUAUCACUUUUCAUGGGGAUCUGCCAUAUCCAUCAUGUGAGAUUAUAGAAAAGCUGGAGUCCCUUGAUGAAGAGGAUGUCGUAGGGUCAGGGGGAUUUGGAAUAGUAUAUAGAAUGGUCAUGAAUGAUUGUGGAACAUUUGCUGUUAAAAGAAUAGACCGGAGUUGUGAAGGAUCUGAUCAAGUCUUUGAGAGAGAGCUGGAGAUCUUGGGCAGCAUCAAACACAUUAAUUUAGUAAACCUGCGAGGUUACUGCAGGCUUCCAGCAUCAAAACUUCUUAUCUAUGAUUAUCUUGCUAUGGGCAGCUUGGAUGACUUUCUGCAUGAAUGCAAGGAAGUAAGGCCAUUGAACUGGUGUGCUCGUUUAAAAAUAGCCCUUGGUUCUGCCCGAGGACUAGCAUACUUGCACCAUGAUUGUUGUCCAAAGAUAGUUCAUCGAGACAUCAAAUCUGGCAAUAUUCUUCUUGAUGAAAACUUGGAGCCCCAUGUAUCUGACUUCGGUCUUGCCAAACUUUUGGUGGAUGAGGAUGCACAUGUCACUACUGUGGUUGCUGGCACUUUUGGCUAUUUGGCUCCUGAAUAUCUGCAAAGUGGUAGAGCCACGGAAAAGUCAGAUGUCUAUAGCUUUGGAGUUCUCUUGCUGGAGCUUGUAACUGGAAAGAGGCCAACUGAUCCAACUUUUGUAAAGAGGGGCUUAAAUGUUGUUGGCUGGAUGAACACUCUAUUGAGAGAGAACGGAUUGGAAGAUGUAGUUGAUAAGAGGUGUACUGAUGCUGACAUGGAAGCUGUAGAAGCAAUUCUUGAAAUGGCAGCAAAGUGUACGAAUGCAAAUCCAGAUGAACGACCAACAAUGAGCCAGGUACUGCAGUUGCUGGAACAAGAGGUCAUUCCACCUCGCACAAGUGAUUUCUACAAGUCUCAUUCAGAUUAUUGUUGAAUGGACAUGGACAAUAUUGAGUAACAUGGCUAUUGCACAUAAGAUCUGCUCAGCAUGCCUUGUUACCCCUCAUUUUUUUCCAAGUGUUUAUGCGAUUUUGUCCCACUCUAUGGGGCCUGUAUAUUAUAUAUUGUCUAGCAAUUGAUGGAUGAGCAUGUUGUCUUGCACAGGCUUGUGACAUAGACUUAAAAUUGCAGUGAUGAAAAAACUAGAGAUAUAGGUGCAAAAGAAACUUUAGAUGAUUUGUAUAUUUUUAUUUUCUUUUGAAUCCAUGUUCACUUAUGUUCACUGAUACAAGGAUGAGUUA